AUGGACAGGCCUGCCAUUGAAAGAGGCAAAGGACAGUUAGGAAUGGAGAAAGACGGUCGACAAAUCUUGCUUGGUGCUUCAACGGUCAAGCAGACUAAGGUAAAAGGUAGGCACAGUCAACACUUUGACCAACUGCCAACACUUCCAACAACAACCAACACUUCCACCAACAGCCAACACUUCCACCAACAGCCAACACUUCCACCAACAGCCAACACUUCGACCAACAACCAACUUCCGCCAACAGCCAACACUUCCACGAACAACCAACACCUCGACCAACAGCCAACACUUCCACCAACAGCCAACACUUCCACCAACAGCCAACACUUCCACCAACAGCCAACACUUCGACCAACAACCAACACCUCGACCAACAACCAACUUCCGCCAACAGCCAACACUUCCACGAACAACCAACACCUCGACCAACAGCCAACACUUCCACCAACAGCCAACACUUCCACCAACAGCCAACACUUCGACCAACAACCAACACCUCGACCAACAACCAACUUCCGCCAACAGCCAACUCUUCCACGAACAACCAACACCUCGACCAACAGCCAACACUUCCACCAACAGCCAACACUUCCACCAACAACCAACACUUCCACCAACAACCAACACCUCGACCAACAACCAACACCUCGACCAACAGCCAACACCUCGACCAACGGCCAACACUUCCACCAACAAUCAACACCUCGACCAACAACCAACACCUCGACCAACAACAAACACCUCGACCAACAGCCAACACCUCGACCAAAAACCAGCUUCCAUCAACAGCCAACAAUUCGACCAACAACCAACACCUCGACCAACAACCAACACCUCGACCAACAACCAAAACAUCGACCAACAACCAACACCUCGACCAACAACCAACACCUCGACCAACAACCAACACCUCGACUAACAACCAACACCUCGACCAACAACCAACACCUCGACCAACAACCAACACCUCGACCAGCAACCAACACCUCGACCAACAACCAACACCUCGACCAACAACCAACACUUCCACCAACAACCAACACUUCGACCAACAACCAACACCUCGACCAACAACCAACAACUCGACCAACAACCAACACCUCGACCAACAACCAACACCUCGACCAACAACCAACACUUCGACCAACAACCAACACUUCGACCAACAACCAACACCUCGACCAACAGCCAACACUUCCACCAACAGCCAACACUUCCACCAACAGCCAACACUUCCACCAACAACCAACACCUCGACCAACAACCAACACCUCGACCAACAACCAACAAACAACACUUCGACCAACAACCAACACUUCGACCAACAACCAACACCUCGACCAACAACCAACACUUCGACCAACAACUAACACCUCGACCAACAACCAACACUUCGAACAACAACCAACACCUCGACCAACAACCAACACCUCGACCAACAACCAACACCUCGACCAACAGCCAACACCUCGACCAACGGCCAACACUUCCACCAACAAUCAACACCUCGACCAACAACCAACACCUCGACCAACAACCAACACCUCGACCAACAGCCAACACCUCGACCAAAAACCAGCUUCCAUCAAUAGCCAACAAUUCGACCAACAACCAACACCUCGACCAACAACCAACACCUCGACCAACAACCAAAACAUCGACCAACAACCAACACCUCGACCAACAACCAACACCUCGACCAACAACCAACACCUCGACCAACAACCAACACCUCGACUAACAACCAACACCUCGACCAACAACCAACACCUCGACCAACAACCAACACCUCGACCAGCAACCAACACCUCGACCAACAACCAACACCUCGACCAACAACCAACUUCCACCAACAACCAACACCUCGACCAACAGCCAACACUUCGACCAACAACCAACACCUCGACCAACAACCAACUUCCACCAACAACCAACUUCCACCAACAUCCAACUUCCACCAACAACCAACUUCCACCAACAACCAACUUCCACCAACAACCAACACCUCGACCAACAACCAACUUCCACCAACAACCAACUUCCACCAACAACCAGCUUCCACCAACAGCCAACACUUCAACUAUUCCACCUACAUCCAACAGUUCCACAGUUCCACCUACAACCAACACUUCCACAGUUCCACCAACAACCAACACUUCUACAGUUCCACCAACAACCAACACUUCCACAGUUCCACCAACAACCAACACUUCCACAGUUCCACCAACAACCAACACUUCCACAGUUCCACCUACAACCAGCACCUCUACCAACAACCAACACUUCGACUAG